GCCGCGCUCGCCCGGGCCGCCCGGAGCCCCGAUGAGCCCAGAUGGCCGGGGCUCAGCCCGGAGUGCACGCCUUGCAACUCAAGCCCGUGUGCGUGUCCGACAGCCUCAAGAAGGGCACCAAAUUCGUCAAGUGGGAUGAUGACUCCACAAUUGUUACGCCAAUUAUUUUGAGGACUGACCCUCAGGGAUUUUUCUUUUACUGGACAGAUCAGAACAAGGAAACAGAGCUGUUGGAUCUCAGCCUUGUCAAGGAUGCCAGAUGCGGGAAGCACGCCAAAGCCCCCAAGGACCCGAAGUUACGUGAACUUUUGGAUGUGGGGAACAUAGGUCGUUUAGAGCAGCGCAUGAUCACGGUGGUGUAUGGACCAGACUUGGUGAACAUCUCCCAUUUGAAUCUUGUGGCUUUUCAAGAAGAAGUGGCCAAGGAAUGGACAAAUGAGGUUUUCAGUUUGGCAACCAACCUGCUGGCCCAAAACAUGUCCAGGGAUGCUUUUCUGGAAAAGGCCUAUACUAAACUGAAGCUUCAAGUCACUCCGGAAGGGCGCAUUCCUCUCAAAAAUGUAUAUCGCUUGUUUUCUGCUGACAGGAAGCGGGUGGAAACAGCUUUAGAGGCUUGUAGUCUUCCAUCGUCACGGAAUGAAUCCAUACCUCAAGAGGAUUUCACUCCAGAAGUGUACAGAGUUUUCCUGAACAAUCUUUGCCCUCGACCUGAAAUUGAUAACAUCUUUUCCGAAUUUGGUGCCAAAAGCAAACCAUACCUGACUGUUGAUCAGAUGAUGGAUUUUAUCAACCUUAAGCAGCGAGAUCCCCGCCUAAAUGAAAUCCUUUAUCCACCUUUAAAACAAGAGCAAGUGCAAGUUCUGAUCGAGAAAUAUGAACCCAACAGUAGCCUCGCCAAAAAAGGACAGAUAUCUGUGGAUGGAUUUAUGCGCUAUCUGAGUGGGGAAGAAAAUGGAGUCGUUUCACCUGAGAAACUGGAUUUGAAUGAAGACAUGUCUCAGCCCCUUUCUCACUAUUUCAUUAAUUCCUCGCACAACACCUACCUCACAGCUGGCCAGCUGGCUGGGAACUCCUCUGUAGAGAUGUAUCGUCAAGUGCUCCUGUCUGGCUGCCGUUGCGUGGAGCUGGACUGCUGGAAGGGACGGACUGCAGAAGAGGAGCCCGUCAUCACCCAUGGGUUCACCAUGACAACAGAAAUAUCCUUCAAGGAAGUAAUUGAAGCAAUCGCUGAGUGUGCAUUUAAGACUUCACCUUUUCCAAUCCUCCUCUCCUUUGAGAACCACGUGGAUUCCCCCAAACAGCAAGCCAAGAUGGCGGAGUACUGCCGACUGAUAUUUGGGGAUGCCCUUCUCAUGGAGCCACUGGAAAAGUAUCCACUGGAAUCUGGAGUUCCUCUCCCGAGCCCUAUGGACCUGAUGUAUAAAAUUUUGGUGAAAAAUAAAAAGAAAUCGCACAAGUCAUCCGAAGGCAGUGGCAAAAAGAAGCUGUCAGAACAAGCCUCGAACACAUACAGCGACUCUUCCAGUGUGUUUGAACCUUCGUCUCCGGGAGCCGGAGAGGCUGACACGGAGAGUGAGGAGGAUGAUGACGACGAUGACUGUAAGAAGUCUUCCAUGGAUGAGGGGACUGCGGGGAGUGAAGCCAUGGCCACGGAGGAGAUGUCUAACCUGGUGAACUACAUCCAGCCCGUCAAGUUUGAGUCAUUUGAAACUUCAAAAAAAAGAAAUCGGAGUUUUGAAAUGUCUUCCUUUGUGGAAACCAAAGGUCUCGAGCAGCUUACAAAGUCUCCAGUGGAAUUUGUAGAAUAUAACAAAAUGCAGCUUAGCAGGAUAUACCCAAAAGGAACGCGUGUGGAUUCAUCUAACUACAUGCCUCAGCUUUUCUGGAACGCGGGCUGCCAGAUGGUCGCCCUCAACUUCCAAACAGUGGACUUGGCAAUGCAGAUCAACAUGGGAAUUUAUGAAUACAAUGGGAAGAGCGGCUACAGGUUAAAGCCAGAGUUCAUGAGGAGACCUGACAAGCACUUUGAUCCGUUUACUGAAGGCAUCGUAGAUGGAAUAGUAGCCAACACGUUAUCUGUUAAGAUAAUUUCAGGUCAGUUUCUUUCUGAUAAGAAAGUUGGGACCUAUGUGGAAGUGGAUAUGUUUGGUUUGCCAGUGGACACAAAGAGGAAGGCCUUUAAAACCAAGACAUCACAAGGCAACGCAGUCAAUCCAGUCUGGGAGGAAGAACCCAUUGUGUUCAAAAAGGUGGUGCUUCCUUCUCUGGCCUGUUUAAGGAUAGCAGUUUAUGAAGAAGGAGGCAAAUUUAUUGGUCACCGGAUCUUGCCAGUACAAGCAAUUCGACCAGGCUAUCACUACAUCAGUCUGAGGAAUGAAAGGAACCAGCCUCUGAUGCUCCCUGCUGUUUUUGUCAACAUAGAAGUGAAAGAUUACGUGCCAGACACAUAUGCAGAUGUGAUUGAAGCUUUGUCAAACCCAAUCCGAUACGUGAAUCUCAUGGAACAGAGAGCAAAGCAACUGGCUGCCCUGACACUGGAAGAUGAAGAGGAAAUAAAGAAAGAGGCUGAACCUGGAGAAACCCCUUCUGAGGCCCCGAGUGAAGCCAGGACGACUCCAGCUGAAAACGGAGUGAAUCACACCACAUCACUGACACCCAGACCACCCUCCCAGGCUCCCCACAGCCAGCCGGCUCCAGGUUCUGUAAAGGCACCUGCCAAAGCAGAAGAUCUCAUUCAGAGUGUGCUGACAGAAAUGGAAGCCCAGACGAUUGACGAGCUAAAACAGCAAAAAUCAUUUGUGAAACUCCAGAAGAAGCACUACAAGGAAAUGAAAGACCUGGUGAAGAGACAUCAUAAGAAGACCACCGACUUGAUCAAAGAGCACACCACCAAAUACAAUGAAAUCCAGAACGACUACCUGCGCAGGAGGGCGGCCUUGGAGAAGUCGGCCAAAAAGGACAGCAAGAAAAAAUCGGAGCCCAGCAGUCCUGAUUCAUCAACCAUUGAGCAAGAUCUUGCUGCCCUGGAUGCAGAAAUGACCCAAAAGUUAAUAGACUUAAAGGACAAGCAACAGCAGCAGCUGUUGAAUCUUCGGCAAGAACAGUAUUACAGUGAGAAGUACCAAAAGCGAGAACAUAUUAAACUGCUUGUUCAGAAGUUGACAGAUGUGGCAGAAGAGUGUCAGAACAAUCAAUUAAAGAAGCUCAAAGAAAUCUGUGACAAAGAGAAGAAGGAAUUAAAAAAGAAAAUGGAUAAAAAAAGGCAAGAGAAGAUAACAGAAGCUAAAUCUAAGGACAAAGGCCAGAUGGAAGAGGAGAAGACCGAGAUGAUCCGAUCAUACAUCCAGGAGGUGGUGCAGUCCAUCAAGAGAUUAGAAGAGGCACAAAGUAAGCGGCAUGAAAAACUUGUUGAGAAACACAAGGAGAUACGACAGCAGAUCCUGGAGGAGAAGCCCAAGGGGGACGGUUCCUCCUCAUUCUUGUCGGAAACUUGCCAUGAGGAUCCCUCUGUUUCCCCCAACAUUACUCCCCCCAGUCCUCAAGCCCUCAAGUUGUGACUACCGUCCUUCCAGCCAGCUGCAGAUGGACCUGGAGCAGGAGUACCAGGACAAGUUCAAAAGGCUGCCCCUGGAGAUUUUGGAGUUCGUGCAGGAAGCCAUGAAGGGGAAGAUCAGUGAAGACAGCAAUCAUAGCUCAGCCCCUCCCACCCAGACCCCAGACCCUGGAAAACUGAACCACAGACCUCCCUCCAGUGAGGAGCUGGGAGGAGACAGCCAAGGGAAGGAGUUCGAUACCCCUCUGUGACAGCUCCUG